GCGUGACCGGCAGGAAAAAGGGAGGCGGGGCUUAGCCUGGGUUUAGCAACAGCAAAGCAAAAGGAAGUAGGCAAAGCCAGCAGCGGCAGUAGUUGCAACUCCAGCAGAAGGACCGAGAGGCCUCUUUGGAGGAAGGCUGAGCUCAGCAUUUGCGAAGCAUGGCAGUGUGCAUGUGGUCUCUGCUCAAGUUAAGGGCAGAGGUUCAAGAUCCUUGAAUAGCCCUGCUACGUGGGGGAAACUUUCCCCAAAGCAUUCACAGGACACAAGACUGCAACAUAAAAUGGAAAAAAUGAAUCUCGAAAAUUAUCGGGUGAUGCCCAGAUCCGUAUUUGCUUGGGAUUAUGUUCUGUGGGAAGUCCGUUUGAAAAUAAUGGCAGCUGGCUUCUUUCUCUACUUGGGAGUAUUUUAUCUCUCACACUGCCUAUCUUCACGGUUGAGUAUCAUUUACCGCUUGCUCCCUGCAAAGGAGAAAGUCUUCUGGAAUCUGGCAGCUACCCGAGGUGUGUUUGGCAUCCAGAGUUGUGUUGCUGGGUUGUGGGCCUUGCUUUUGGAUCCUGUUUUUCAAGCUGACAAGGUGCAUUCUCAACAGGACUGGAGCUGGUUCAAUUGUCUAAUAGCCUCUGGUUUCUUCUUGCUUGAAAACGUAGCUGUUCAUGUCUCCAAUGCUGUCUUCAGAACUUUUGACUUGUUCUUGGUUGUUCACCAUUUCCUUGCCUUCGGUGGCUUUUUUGGUCUGAUCACCAACGUAAAGUCUGGACAUUACAUACCCUUGAUGGGAAUGCUACUUGAGAUGAGCACACCUUUUACCUGCAUAUCAUGGAUGCUCUUAAAGGUUGGUUGGGCUGACACUUUGUUUUGGAAGGCAAACCAGUGGGUAAUGAUCCAUAUGUUCCAUUGCCGCAUGAUCCUUACUUACCAUAUGUGGUGGGUGUGCAUUUCCAACUGGAACGCUGUGCUGGAGAAUCUGGGACUCCUUCAUUUUGCAGUUGUAUUCACUGGAAUGACUGCUGUAACUUUUAUACUUAAUCCCUACUGGAUGUACAAAAAGACUCAGCAGCUUCUCUGCCCUGUUGACUGGAACUUUACCAAUAGGACAAUGAAAAAUGGCUCAUCCAAAAAACUGAAUGGAAAAGUGUCACAGAAGAAAGAGCUUUGAUGCUAAUAUUUGCAUCACUUUGGCAGCAGUAAAAUAGAGCCAGAAGGAUGCAGGGCAGGUAGCUAACUAGUAUUGUGAUGCUUCUGUUUGCUUGUUAAGAGAUCUAAACCAUAUUUAUUACUAUUUUUUUUCUUAUCAGUAUUAACUCAGAAAUGAUGGUGUUACUAACUUAAAUGUAUGUUGUGGACAAAUCUUGAACUUGGGGCAUAUUUUGGAUACAUCUAGAAAUUACUGAAAGAAAGAAAACAAAUACAAGGGAGAGGCUGGCAUUAAUGACUGCUUUCAAAAAUCAGGUUGCCAUUUCUAGUGUUUAGCAAUCAAGUCCAAUGCUUGUAACAUACACAAGCUCAUAGUCCUAGCCAUACACUUUAUUGUACAUGACCAUUAUGUCAACAUUUUUGGAACAUAACUUAUACUUACAUUUUACUCCCUGACUGCUAGGACUACUGUAAUAUUCUUACAUUCCUCUUAAAGGAGAUCAAAAAGUGGAAGAGGAAGAGAAUACAUUACAUGUAGUUUGAUGAGUGGUUGAAAAUUCAAAAGGUAAUUGUGCUUUGUAGGUGGAAAUCAAGUGGGAAAACAAAAGUCUUGUCCUCCUUGCAUUUUGGAAGGAGGUUUCAAGAAGCCAUCAUUAACAGGUUUCAGUUCCUUCUGGCUGUUUGUUGAUAAUGUGGCAUUCAGACAUGCACAAACAUAGCCCAUUGUGUCUUGCAGGAAUAGUCUUACUGGCCUUUGAAAUGCCUGAUCACUUCAAAUAGUCUAAGUCUUUGGCACCUCUUAAUCUUGUAUCUUGUUUCACAGGUAUGGGCAGAAAAUGUCCAGCAGACUUUGCUGGCUUCUGGGGUGAUCGCAAAGAAUGUUGUCAUGAGAGACUCUAUCUUACAAAGUAUUUUUGCACGUUUGUGAGCAAGAGUUCAUAUUUGAGCAUCGCUUAACAGAGGUUAGGUCUGCUGGAGUGCCGAUGUUUAAAAGAUUGCAAGUGGACACACUUGCUUUAUAAACAUACACCACCAAGGGCAUUCCUAUAAAAAGUAGACUGCACAAGACUUAAGAAAGCCCAUCCAUUCCCUUUAGGUUACAUUCUCAUAUUUUCUUUUAGCUCAGAAAGCUACUUCACAUUGAUUACUUCUGCCAGCUGAGGCCGCCCCUGGAGGUCCUAUCUGUAGAAGGGAAGAAUUGAAACUUCUUGAUUUUCGCUUCUCCUGUACUUUCAUGUGCUACUUUUCCAUCACUGGAAGACCCCUCUCCCAAACUUUACAGAGUUAGGGAGGUGUUGGAAAUCUUCUCUCCUUUUUCUACAAGUGGGAUUCCUCCACUAGGUUAAAAGCCUUUUAUGGACAGAAGUCAUCCUCCUUUUUGCAAAAUCCAAGCAAAUGCUUCUUUCUGCCCAGCACAGAAUCUUGACCGUACUUACCAUAGAUAAAGAAAAAACACAUGACCUAAACCUGAAUGGUAAGAGUCUGUUUGGAGUAUAGCAAAUAUAAGCUGCAUUUCAUGGCAGAAGGUGAAAUAUAAAGUUCUUAAGUAUAAAAUAUAAUACAUCCCAUAUUUUGGCCACUUGGGAAAGCUGCUGUUAAGCAGUGACAGACUUAAUUGCGGCAAAUGUUCUAAUGUGUUAAUCUCAUAGCUUGCCUCGCUCUAAAGGUUUUUUGAAUAAUAAAAUUUUAGAUUUCUAAAUCUGAUUAUAACGGGGUAAAACUUAAAUCAGAAUUAAAAGCCAGACUUAUAUUCUUCUGUCUUUUUUAACCACAACAGCUGAAAUCCAGUCACAUCUUGUUAACUCUUACAAUGCUUCUGAAAGGUACUGGGACUGUGAAAGAAGCCCUAUAACUAUUGCACAACAAUAACAUCCUCCUUAAAGAUUACAGAAAAGGGACUCAAAAGAAUCUAUUGUGGUAAAAGGUUGUGGAACACUGACACCUAGUGGGCAUUCUAGUGUAUAGCUAGUCUGUUUCAGCAAGGAAGGUACAAAAUGAAGCUAAGCAUAUAUGCACAAUCCAUCCAGAUGGGUUUAAAAAAAUAUCUAGACAGUCCCAAAUUGAGUUAAUGUUCUUUCCAAUUUUAUUUUAGAGAUCUAUACACAUUUUGUUUAUCCCACAAUAUUUUCUGUCAGCUUCUGGUAAAAUCAGAGACUCCUUCACUUAGUUUGCAUAACAUUGGAACAUACAGGAACAAAAUCUGGAGCUUUUCCAGUCAAUAUGGAUGUGCCCAGCAAAAAAUAAUUACACUUGUUGUAGUUAUGUGCGGUUGUGUUUUUGUUUUUAAAGCUGGUGCCUUUUUGUGUAAAUUAUUUUGAAAUGGUUUAAAUGAAAUAUUGGUUCACACAUAUCCUUCACCUACCACUAUAGAAAAGAGUGUAGGAAAUUUACAAGAUCAAAACUAUCUAAGAAUGAGCAGAGUUGUUUUUGAAGUUAAGCUUUCCUUCCUUCCUUCCUUCCUUCCCUUCCUCUUGAGUAAAGAGACAAAUAUAUGUACUUGUGAUAAUCCAGCACACAAUACUCCUGUAGUCUUAAGUACUGUGUAUUUCUGUUAGUAAUCACAUGCAUAUAUGUGUCCAGUGAAAUUUCAGCCCUAGAAAUUUAAGUUUGAACUCUUACAGUGAGUGUAGAAGUUGGUUAGUGAGAAUUUUAAUUCAUCUCCCAGUGGGUAGAAUUCAACUUGCUCAAAUCUCAGCUCUUGGUUUUCUGAGUGGAAAUAUGUUGAAAGUAACAAAUUGUUUUCUUCUGGCUGAAGUGUCAGUGAGACAGAAUGGGAUGACUUUGAUGGGGAAGUGAGAUAUCAUUAGCAAGUUUUCAUGACUGUAAGCCACAUAUAUUCUAAACAAUAGUGAGUCUGCUAUCAGUAUUCCUAGUCCAGCAUCCUUGAGCAUCUUGGUCCCUGUGAAGCCAUGUUAUUAUGGCACCAGAGCUCUCUGUGAUAGAGAAGGCUAAAUGUCUCACAAAACUACAAUUCCCAGAAUUCCUUAGCAUUGAGCCAGGGCAGUUAAAGCGGUCUGAGACUGUAUUAUUUCUGCAAUGUGUUUUGGACCUCAGUUACAAAAUCUCAACUCUCCACAGAGUAUCAAUGUUGCUGGUUUCAAGGAUACUCACACUGUCUCCUAAGCCUACACACUAAUAGUAUUGCCAUUCAGACUAAUUAUAGUAACUCCCUCACUUGGAGUAAUUAUCUGGCUAAAAGUCACUCACUCUAGACUUUAACUACAGCUCUCUCUGUGGAACUCAUAAAACCUACGUCCUUCUCUGGACUCAGCCCAACCCUAUCUCUCUGGAGUCUAAACCCUAUCUGAAAUGCCAACUGCCACAACAAAUUUUCAACUUUUCCCUGCCAGCACGCCAUCGGCUGAUACUAGCUGGCUAAUGAUUGGCUUUUGCUAUCUGUAUUUUCGCUACACCACUUUGCCCUACUUUUCCUGCAGAGAUUUGUCCCGCACAUUGCUCAGAGAGAGCUCAGAGGCUGAGAUGGUGGACUUCUUCUCAGAGAGGUUUCCAUUGCUGGGAGGCGGCUGCUGCUGCUGCUGCUGCAUGGGGAGGGUGCUAGAAGGAUAGGUGCUGAUGAAGAAGACAUUGCUGGAGAGAGGUUGCUCAAAGCAGUAGGUGCUAGCAUAGGUAGCAUUGCAUCGCGCGCUGCAUAAGCUGUUGUCUGAGAGGGUCCAUUGGAGUGUCUUCUGCGGGGACACUCUUUCCUGCUCAGCAGUGUUGCUGUCCAUGAUGAUCAGCUUCUUUAAAUCAUCCUCAAUGAUAGAUUUGUAGGUCUUGCAUGGGGUGCGGAGGUCACGUAGGGAGGCUCGCAGUCAGGGCUGCUCAAACACAUUCUUGGUACUCGGGUCUGCUUGCUUCUUUGGGUCUCUGACGGUGACAUCUUCAUUGUUCUUUUUCCAUCCAGCUGGCAGGUGCUUGUUCCUGCUGCUCUGCUUGGAGAAAAAGGACUUGGGCACAGAGGCAGAGAGCUGGAUUUGGAUAAUAUUUCUAAGAUAUCAGUGACCAAAUGGUAGACUAUAUAUUGGCUGUAUACUGAUGAAGCUGAAUCAUAUCUAGAGCUGCCUUGCUCUUUUCCCCCCUUUAUUGGGUCAUGUUUCUGUAAAUUCAAUGGGAAGGUCACCUCAUGUGGGGAAUAACUUGAGAUGCUUCCUUUAGCAACAUAUCCUAAAGGUGUGACUUUUGAGCAAAACGUUUUCCACACUGCUGGAAUCUGUGUUUUUUGUCUCCUGUGUGGACUAUUUGAUGGAUCAAAAAGUUGGACUUGUUAGCAAAAUGUAAUCCACACUGCUGGAAUUUGUAUGGUUUCUUUCCUCUGUGGAUUCUCUGAUGACUCGCAUGUUCUUCCACGGAGGACACAUUCUCAUAGUUUUCCAUCAUCACUUCAUUGUACAAAAAUCUCUGGUUUGGAUCCAGUGGUUGCCAUUUAUCCGCUGUGAAAUAUACAGCGACAUCCCAAAAGGUAAUCUGUUUCGAAGUCAUCUUUCUUAGUUUCUUCUAUUGAAAAUGAUUUCAGUGUAGGUUCUCCUUUCUCCUUGCAUUUGGAGACCAUCUUGGACCUAUGAACAUCUUUGAAGGGGCCCCCUCAACCACCCUCCUGCUGGAUCACUCUCCAAGUCUGCCUGGGAUCCAAUGGAGCUUUCUUGCCCAGUUCUACCAAGAGAUUCUUGACCUGCUGCUCUUUCUGCUGCUUCUCUGCCUCUUCCUGACUCAGGAGAAAAUCUGUCAGGGCUACUGCCUGAGAACAGUUCUGGGCCCCGCAUUCCCUGACCCAGUUCAUCAUCUCCAGUGGCAAGAUGGUCAGGAACUACUCCAAGUUCCACCAGGUCCAGGAUCUAAUUUUUUUGUGUGUAAUGGUCUUGGGAGCCCACUCAUUGAAUUUCAUCUUCCUUGGACCCACACCGGCCCUCCUCCUGGCGGUGGCAUCAGUGGCCUUUUCCGAGCCAGAGCUAUUCAGAGAGAGAGAAAGAAAUAGUUGAAAGAGCUUUUAGAAUUGCCUUUCCUUCAGGGAAGAGACUUGUUCACUAUUAGAACACUCCACAGAUUUCUUCUUCCCCAUGUGUGUGCUGCUGUAGCAGAGCAUCUUAGGGACAUCUUUGCCCUUAGACAGAUGGAGGAGGAAUGCUUGGAUAAUAGUAAAAUAUUUUUCAUAGAUGGUAGGGGUUUUAUUUGUGCAAAUCCUACUCUGGGAGUUAUAAAGGAAGUUACUGAGAAGAGGUGGGGAGAAAAACAAGAGUCUGGAAACAAAGCACCAAACAACUAGAAAUGGUGUGUGUGUGUGUGUGUGUGUGUGUGUGUAUGUUUGUUGUUACAGGGUCCCCCCCCCCAAUUCCUUUAAAUAAUGAAGGCAGAACUAGAAGGUUUCAGGGAGGGCUCCAACUCCUGUUCAUAUUGUUCUGUUCUGCAAAUCCCCCAGCUGUUUUAAAUAAAUGUUUUUGCAGGUGGGUUUUGAAAUAGAAAGUAUGCUAUAUGGCAAAGGAUUUCCAUAAGAGGCCUGCUGAAAAGGAAAUGUGGUGGUGAUAGUCCCAUGAAUGAGAGAUCUCCAAGUCACCCUGUCCUCAACAGCUCUGAUCAGAUGUUGCAGACUCAAGGUGGAAAUUGGGGGUGUUCAAAAGGUGUUAAGCACUACUGCCUCAUAUCCCUCCUGUUACAUUCACAGUCACAUUUACUAAUUUAAUGUCUAGCUCUCUGUGUCUGAUCCCAAGAUGGAACCAAGAUUUGUGAACUGACACCAUGAAAAUGCCUUAAAUGAAAGGAUUAGAUGAACCAAGUUUGGAAUCUGGUCUUGGUGGGAAAUGUAUCUUAAAUUUAAAAGAUUCUCAAAAUGAACAGCCAAAGCAAAAUUCAAUACAGAAUGAUAUCUGCAUGCAAAUUACAAUACAAGCUUUAUUUCCCUUCCACAAUCUCACAUAAAUAUAUUUUGCAUACUCCACAGCAGAAUCUGUUUGUAUUCUCAAUAACAUAAUCUCAAUAACAUAAGAUUUAUGAUAAGCAAGAAUAAUGUUCUGUUCUUCGUUCUAAUGAAGAAACAAGAAAAGUUAUUCUUUGUUAUUGUUUAAAGCUAUAUUAAUGUUCUUUUUUAAAAAAGUCAAGAGUAUUUUGUAUGGUCUAAUUUCAGUUUCUAAUCUUGGCUAGAGCAGUCCCAUUUGUGAGAUGUAAAUCAAAGAGUAAACUUCAGAAGUGUAAUCCAUGUGAGUCUUCUAUUGUGGGGACCAGCAGUUGAAUUCAGGUGCCAGAGUCUUGAACCUGUUCGAUGGUGAAGAACUGGCUUUUAGCAACUGGUCCGAUGUUUCGUGCCUUUGAACUGUAGUGGAUCUCAUCUUUCCUGCAUCUUGCACAUUCAUCCUCUGGCUUCAUUAGCAACUGAAAUACUGUGCUUCAUGUUCCCCUUCAUUUUCCUUAUCUGUUAUUUGCAAUCUGGGUGUAUUCCUAAAGAAAUAUGAGUAGAUAUCACUCCUAUUUUUUUUAAAAAAAAAAAACCUUUUUAUGGUAUAAUUGUAUAAUAAAAAAGUAUUUUAUACA